GCCAGCCUGAUGGAGUCGGUGGCCAUCUUGGCCGCCUCUUCCCUGGCAGCGUAUGGCUUCGUGGCUGCCACCAGCAAGCUGCAGGUUGCUGCGACCAGGCGAAAGAGGAUGCUGCCACGCGCCCUGGAGCAGCAGCAGUGCCCCCCCGAGGCGGAGCUGCGGCUGCUGGUGGUUCACAUCCGGGCCGCGUCUCUCCCCCCCACGUUCGACGGCGCGGAGGUAAAGAUCCGGGCGAAGCACGGGGCGGUGGGCGUCUCCUCGGCGUGCGACACGGCGGCGGUCCGCGUCCACCGGGAGCUCGCCUUCCGCAGUCGCGUGCCGAGCCGGCCCGUGGUCGCGCACUUCGACACCUCCUUCGUGUUCCUGUGGCAGGGCGACCAGGACCCAUCCCUGGGGAUUCUGAGGAUCCGGCUCGUCCGAGGCUCGCACGGCGGCCGCGUGGUUGCCAAGGCCACGGUGCCCCUCUACGGGGACGCGGUGGGGCAGCAGGAGUUCGACCUGCAGCUCACGGGCUCGCCUGGGCUGUUCGCGGUCGAGGCUUGGCAGGAGGUCGUUGGCCAUGUCGACGUUGCCACGGAGAUCUACAAGAUGUCCAAGGGCGACCUGCGCCAGCACCUGGAGCGGCUCCACGCCCAGAGGCGGCAGGGUGCGUUCGUUCUCGCGGAGGUGCCAGUCACGCACGGGGAGGUGAAGGACCCGUCGAGGGAGAGCGAGCAAGAGGAGGACGAGGAGGACCAGGAUGCAGUCAUGAUGGGCCUGCCCGUCGGCCGCUGA